AUGGAUAACGCUCUGCCGCUGGAAGCGGAGCUGGAGCGCCAGUCGCCGCUCAACGCCUCCCUGAACGAGUCCCUGUCGAACCAGUUCGUGCAGCCGCCGUGGCAGGGGGGCCUCGCCUACGCCUUCAUCGUGGUGGUGUCGGUGGUGGGGAACGUGGUGGUGAUGUGGAUCAUCCUGGCUCACAAGAGGAUGCGCACCGUCACCAACUACUUCUUGGUGAACCUGGCUUUCGCCGAAGCCUCCAUGUCCGCCUUCAACACGGUGGUGAACUUCACCUACGCCAUUCACAACGAGUGGUACUACGGGCUGCUCUACUGCAAGUUUCACAACUUCUUCCCCAUCGCCGCCGUCUUCGCCAGCAUCUACUCCAUGAUGGCCAUCGCGCUGGACAGGUACAUGGCUAUCAUCCAUCCGCUGCAACCCCGACUCUCGGCCACCGCCACCAAGGUGGUCAUCGGCGUCAUCUGGCUCCUGGCUUCCCUGCUGGCUUUCCCCCAGGGUUACUACUCGGUGAUGGAAAAGCUGCCAGGCCGGCUGGUGUGUCUGGUGGAGUGGCCAGAGCACAGCACCAGUGCCUACGGAAAAACGUAUCACUUCUGCAUGACCAUCUUGAUCUACUUCUUGCCACUCCUGGUGAUAGGAUGUGCCUACACCGUGGUCGGCAUCACCCUCUGGGCGAGUGAGAUACCCGGCGACAACUCUGACCGCUACCACGAGCAGGUCUCGGCUAAGCGGAAGGUAGUGAAGAUGAUGAUCAUCGUGGUAUGCACGUUCGCGCUGUGCUGGCUGCCCUACCACAUCUACUUCACCCUACAGUAUUUCAACCCCAAUUGGUACCUGCAGAAGUUCAUCCAGCAGGUCUACCUGGCUAUCAUGUGGCUGGCCAUGAGCUCCACCAUGUACAACCCCAUCAUCUACUGCUGCCUCAACGACAGGUUUCGCGUGGGGUUCAAACACGCAUUUCGGUGGUGCCCGUUCGUCAGUGCCGGCGAGUACGAGGGCCUGGAAAUGAAGUCAACCAGGUACCUGCAGACACAGAGCAGCAUGUACAAGGUCAGCCGGAUAGAGACCACCGUGUCCUCAACUGUUGGCACGGCCGAAGAGGAGCUGGAGGAGAGCAGCAAGGCCAAGCGUCUCUCUGUAGACAUAACAUCCAACAGCUCCUCCCGCAGCGACUCCAAAACGGUCUCCGAAAGCUUCAGCUUCUACUCCAACACACUCACCUAA